AUGGGUGAUAAUGAUGGUUAUUACGAUGGUGACGGGACAAUGGAUUCUUUACCUGUCUCCCCUGAAGUCACGUACAAUUGGGUGGAUAUAACAUCUGAUUUUUUUAAAUAUAUUCAAGACCUAAAAAUAGGAGAAUUAUUGCAUGAUGGCCAUCUGUUUGGUUUAUUUGAAGCCAUGUCAGCCAUUGAGAUGAUGGAUCCUAAAAUGGAUGCAGGAAUGCUUUGUAACCGGGGAAGUCCUAAACCACUAAAUUUUCAACAAGCUGUUGCAUGUGGUAAAUUGAAAAUUGACGAUCUAGAACCGAAUGAAAUCAUAGGCAUCAUAGAUGCUACAAUGGCGUGCAUUGUUUCCUGGCUGGAAGGUCACUCGCUAGCACAAACAGUCUUCACCAACCUGUACUUGCAUCAGCCUCACUCAAUCAUAAAUAAAACACUGAAAGCUUAUUGUAUUGCAGUGUAUAAGCUAUUGGAUUGUAUUAGAGAUUGUAUAAACAAAGCGCAGGUAUUUGAAGAAGAAGAUUUUCUGCCAAUGGGCUAUGGUUACCGUCUUGGAUCCAACCCACAAUUAGGCAACACAUGUGAUGCUAGCCUUGAGGUGAGCGAGCAAAAAUGCAUUGCAUUGUUGAGAGAGCAAGAAGAAGAACUCAACAAAAAAGCUAGGAGCAUUGAAGAUGAAACAAAUAAUCUUUCGACGGCAUUGGCAGCUAGAAUCCGCUUUACUAGAAUGUUCUAUCAAGCUCUUCUUCUUAUAACGAAAAGAGAUUCACAGUCUGGAGCCGAUUGUGUAGCAUUAUUAAAUGGAUGCUCUGAAAUGAUGAAAGUUAUUAUCAAGACAUCCGGAAGAGGCACACAACCUAUAGAGAAUUCCAAUUCGCCAAAUCCAAUGGGUUUCGAACCCAUGAUCAACCAGCGUCUUCUUCCGCCUACAUUCCCCCGUUACACUCGUAUCAAGCCGCGUAAUGAAGCUCUACAGUAUUUCGACGAACUCGUGGCUCAACUGCGACAUGCAUGGAAAAUAACAUCAUGUACCAAUUUUCAUACAGCUCUAGACUUUUUCAUGGAGUUCAGUCGACAGCGGGCUUGCAUUCUGUCUCGGUCAGCGUUGCAGCUUCUGUACCUGAACCCGUCGCCCGCUACCACCGCGUCUAUGGCACAAAGCGCUAUAAAUUUGCCUCCGGGACAGUCUCGCCCUUCUCACCCUUUUGUGGAAAUACUCCGGGAGUCCAUCAAAAGCUUUGUAAAUCCACCAGCACUCACGCCUAAGUCUCCGGCUGCCUCUACUCCCCAGGCUCGGGAGUUCGUUGAAAAUUUUCUGGUACGUUGCGUGCGUCCUUUCGCGGUUUUGCUUCAAGUGUGUGGACACAAUCGGGCGCGACAACGGGAUAAGCUGGCUUUGUUGCUUGACGAGUUUGCUACUUUACAGGAAGAGGCGGAGAGCGUGGACGCAUUGGUGGGAGGCGAGGGAGUAGCGCCGCGCUCGUGUUUCGGCACUUGGGUGCUGUACCACGUGUUGCGCGUCAUGAUCGCUUACCUGCUGGCCGGCCUUGAACUCGAACUCUACAGCGUCCACGAGUACCACUACAUCUUUUGGUAUUUAUAUGAGUUCCUAUACGGAUGGUUACUAUCGGCGUUGGGAAGAGCGGAGGGGCUUGCGGGAGAAACUGCGCGUCGUGACGUCAAGCGAAACUCAACACGUAAACACAAGAAACGCACGCGGCCUUACGCUCGUGAAGGUCUCAUGUGCCAGGUCCUGCAGAACAUGUGCGGCGGAUACUACAAGGCUUUGGUAGCGUUCAAACUUCAAGGCAAGAUUCGUCAACCCGACUCAGAGUUUGACAACGAAGCUGUGCGAUACAAACAUCGCUUUGCCCCGCUAUCUGUGCUCACACCUCCACAAGUCCAUUAUCAUGAGUUCUGCGAGAUGACACAGCCAGCGAAGUAUGAAAAUCCAGUGAUCCUAUAUCUAGGCGGCUGCAAACAUUUUCAGCAAGCGCGAUCUCUUUUGGAGACCAUCACGACACCUGACCAGGAGGUGACCGAUCUACUCAAAGUAGUGAAAACAAAUUUCGUAGUUUUAAAGUUGCUCGCUGGCGGCCACAAACGGGAAUCGACCGCGCCUCCGGAGUUUGAUUUCUCUGUACAUAGACAUUUCCCUAUCAUUAAGUUAGUUUAA